UUUUGUAAUUAAGUUAUAUUUCACAAUUUUUUAGGAUCAUUAAAAAUCAAUGCCUACUUAUUCAGAAAUUUUUUUUGAUGAAAUGUGCAAAGUUCGUUUACUUGAACCUGAGGUAAAUGAACAAACCAAUGAACUUAAAAAUGAAUGCCAAGAGUUUGUAAAUAAAAUUUUUAAGUUUCAAACUAUUGUUAAUGAUGUUAUUAAAACAGUUGAUGAAAUAGCUGCUGAAGUUGAAAAAGAAAAGGUUCGGGCUAUUGGCUCGAGAAAUUUGCUUAAAUCGAUGACCAAGCAACGUGAAUCCCAGCAUCAACAGCUUCGUGCCUUAAUAGGAGAGAAGCAAGUGCAAUAUGAGCAAUGUAGUUUACAUUAUAACUCUUUACUCAAGUUAGAAAAAGAACAACGCGAUUUCAUAGAUCAAUUUUUACUUAAAAAAUAAUUUUUUUUUUUAAAAAGAUUUUUAAAGACUCCCAAAUAUAGUGUGACCCUAUGCA